AUGGCGUUCAUCACCAAUUUGGCUAGCCUUGCCCAAUCGUCGCUUGAGUUCCGAGUGCAUCUGCGUUGCGAGUUUCUCAUGCUCGGCAUGGCUAGCGCGGCGACGCUGAUACGUCCGCAGGCCUCAAAUCGUCUCCAAGAUCACCUGGACCUCUUCGAGAUGAUGCGAAAAGAGGACGAGAUCGUGCUCUCCGGAGGUAACUCCGAAGACUCGGGUGCCUCGUCACCAGUGAACUUCGAGAGCGCUAGUGAUAUUGCCGAAGCCCUCCAUUCGAAAUUAAGAAGUUCGCCAGCACUUCCCCACUUCAUGUCCCUUCUGCAGCAUUUGUUUAUGACUCAAAAACGAGUGCCGAAACCAUCGGGACCAUUGAAGUCGUUCAACUGGAUAAAGCUUACAGAGUCCAAGGUCAAAGGAACAGCUUGGGAGUUCAUUGAAGAUGAGAAGAUGUAUAAGCAGUUGGACUUGGAAGAUGUGGCUUCGACAUUCGCAUCGAGCUCCCAAAAGGAAGAGGAUACUGACUUCUACAGCACGAUAUCAAGGAGAACUAGGGAUACGCAGGUUUCGGUGAUCGAUCCGAGGCGUUAUCAGAACUGCACGAUUAUGCUCUCUAAGCUGAAGCUUUCCCACAGAGAAAUUCGAACGGCACUCUUGGCGAUGGAUGACAAAGGGAAACUUCCCAAGGAUAUGCUCGAACAAAUGCUCAAAUUUGUUCCGAGUAAGGAAGAGGUGACUCUGCUGCGAAGCGCUGUCAAUCGUCACAGUUCGCCGUCGGUUCUCGCCUUGGCCGAUCGCUACCUCUACGAAAUGGCUCAGAUCCCGCGUUUUGAGCCACGUCUUCGCUCUCUCUACAUUAUCCGAACGUUCCAGGAGAGAUUCGACUGUCUCACACCACACAUUCAGAGUGUCACGAAGGCAUCUUCGGCGAUAUCGUCCAGCAAGAAGUUCAAACAGCUGUUGGCGUUGGUGCUGGCGCUCGGAAACCAUCUCAACUAUGGCAAGAGGAAUGGGAACGCGUUCGGAUUCGGACCUACGUCGUUGAACCGACUGAGCGAUGUGAAAUUCUCUCAUCGCUCCGAUCGAACACUACUGCAUUAUGUUUUGCAAGUAGUUGAAAAUCGUUUGCCUGACCUCGGGAAGCUGAGAAGAGAACUUGCAGCUUCGCAACGAAGUUCUUGGCUGAAAUUCGCAGUUUGGAGCAAGGGAUCACCGCUGUUCGUUCCGAGCUGGACAUUCAUGAAAGAGGGCGCACAUCAGGAGCAGCUCAAUCAAGACCCGACCGAUGAGGAAUGGAAGAAGGACCGUUUCGAAGCGGUAGCCAAGCAGUUUGUUGCUACCGCCUGCGAACAGUACCACACUUUGGAGAAACAGCACAGCGAAAUGAAAGCCAAGUUCUCGGCAUGUGCAGCGCAGUUCUGCUUCGACACGCUCAAUCCCGAGGAGAUGUUUAGUUGCUUAGCCAAGUUCCUCACCGCUUUCUGUGACGCCCAACAACAGCUGUGGACAGAAAACGAGCAAAAGGAGCAAGUGAAACGACAGACCAUCGCCAGGAGCUAUUUUGCCAAGAAAGCUUGUCGCCGACGCGAGAACGAACGCGAUUUCGAUCAGCUGAUAAGUGCGCUGCAGUCGGGCGACCUCUUCAAAGACGACCUGAGCCGACUCCGGACUUCGCUUCGAGUGCCCAAGAAGUCUCGGGAUUGGUCGACUGCUGCUCUGACAGCGAUACCACCACAAACCCCAGACGUUGACUGUACCUCCGUCGACGAUGUUAGGCUGCCUGCAGGAGUGCUUCUCACCCUACAGUCAGCGUUCACGUUGUUCUAG